UGGGGGCGGGAAGGGCACUCUGGGGAGCCUGGGCUGGGGGGCAGAGAGUGGGUCCGCCUGAGGGUCUGCGGCCCGCACGGGGACCAGCCCUGGACCUGACACAGAGGCAAGAGUCCCCUCCAGCCGCCUGUCCUCUCGGUGCGGGGCUCCCGUGGAGGGUGGGCACGGAACAGGCAGGCUCCCCUUCGCCCUGCUGGACGGCGGCCACGCAGCAGAGCGAGCCUUGGGAGCCCCGCCCCCUUGCCCGCUCAUACAAGUGUCAGUGCCUGGGGGCCCCAGCCUGAGUCCCCGCUCGGGCCACAGCAGCAGCAUGACCGCCUGCCUGGUGCACCUGGUGACUCUGGUCCUCCUGGGCGCAGCCGCGUGUGUGGCGCAGCCCCGUGGGCGAAUCUUGGGCGGCCGCGAGGCCGAGUCCCACGCGCGGCCCUACAUGGCGUCGGUGCAGGUCAACGGCAAGCACGUGUGCGGCGGCUUCCUGGUGUCCGAGCGGUGGGUGCUGAGUGCGGCGCACUGUGUGGAGGACUUGGCCGACGGGAAGCUGCAAGUGCUCCUGGGCGCACACUCCCUGUCGCAGCCCGAGCCCUCCAAGCGCCUGUACGACGUGCUCCGCGCAGUGCCCCACCCAGACAGCCGGCCCGACACAAUCGACCACGACCUCCUCCUGCUGCAGCUGUCAGAGAAGGCCGAGCUGGGCCCCGCCGUGCAGCCCCUGGCCUGGCAGCGCUUGGACCGCGACGUGGCAGCCGGCACGCUCUGCGACGUGGCCGGCUGGGGCGUGGUCACCCACGCGGGCCGCCGGCCGGACCGCCUGCAUCAAUUGCAACUGCGGGUGCUCGACCGCGCCACCUGCAACCAGCGCACGUACCACGACGGCACCAUCACCCAGAGCAUGAUGUGCGGGGAGAGCAACCGCCGGGACACCUGCAAGGGCGACUCCGGGGGCCCGCUGGUGUGCGGGGGCGUGGCCGAGGCCGUGGUCACGUCGGGCUCGCGCGUGUGCGGCAACCGCAAGAAGCCCGGCAUCUACACGCGCCUGGCGAGCUACGUGGCCUGGAUCGACGGCGUGAUGGCCGAGGGCGCGGCCGCUUGACGAGGCCCCGAGGGGCGGCCGACCGGGGUCGCGCAAUAAAGCAUCCUCUCCUGCA